ACAAAUAAGAAGAAUUGCUCUAAGCAACAGUAUAAUAGACAACGAAGACUAUGAACUAGUAUUUUAUUUUUGUUCUGUUGCGCAAUCACCGACUCAGCCAGUAGAGAAGAACAACGCAUCGCGUGGUUGCCAUGUUGAUUUCUUUGUUGCUAUUAUGCCAUUGCCGUUUUAAAAAUGGCUCACUGACUCGAGAAAGAAUUCAAGCUUCAACGAGCGAAGGUUCUUGGGACCAGUUCAACAAUCAUUUGAACAACACUCCACGUAGAAACUUUGGUCUGUAUUAUGGAUGCCCAGGAAAUAAUUCCUUUCGUCCAAGGUGAUUUCAGAUUGGAUAGAGCAUAUAAUGCUGUUACUAAGUUUAAUAAUACAGAAGUCCGAGCUCUUCUAGAAGGCCAAUUCAUCUCUAAGAGAGCCCAUGCAAAAGACAUGGGCUUUGUUAUAGGCAAGGACACCAGAGUACAUGUUACUGGUAGAGAAUCCAGUAAUAUUCAUAUACUUCAAGUUUUGGCUGAUUGUUUUAAAACUAAUGUUUACUCUCUGGUCUGUAUUAUGGAUGCCCAGGAAAUAAUUCCUUUCGUCCAAGGUGAUUUCAGAUGGGAUAGAGCAUAUAAUGCUGUUACUAAGUUUAAUAAUACAGAAGUCCGAGCUCUUCUAGAAGGCCAAUUCAUCUCUAAGAGAGCCCAUGCAAAAGACAUGGGCUUGGUUAUAGGCAAGGACACCAGAGUACAUGUUACUGGUAGAGAAUCCAGUAAUAUUCAUAUACUUCAAGUUUUGGCUGAUUGUUUUAAAACUAAUGUUUACUCUCUGGUCUGUAUUAUGGAUGCCCAGGAAAUAAUUCCUUUCGUCCAAGGUGAUUUCAGAUGGGAUAGAGCAUAUAAUGCUGUUACUAAGUUUAAUAAUACAGAAGUCCGAGCUCUUCUAGAAGGCCAAUUCAUCUCUAAGAGAGCCCAUGCAAAAGACAUGGGCUUGGUUAUAGGCAAGGACACCAGAGUACAUGUUACUGGUAGAGAAUCCAGUAAUAUUCAUAUACUUCAAGUUUUGGCUGAUUGUUUUAAAACUAAUGUUUACUCUCUGGUCUGUAUUAUGGAUGCCCAGGAAAUAAUUCCUUUCGUCCAAGGUGAUUUCAGAUGGGAUAGAGCAUAUAAUGCUGUUACUAAGUUUAAUAAUACAGAAGUCCGAGCUCUUCUAGAAGGCCAAUUCAUCUCUAAGAGAGCCCAUGCAAAAGACAUGGGCUUGGUUAUAGGCAAGGACACCAGAGUACAUGUUACUGGUAGAGAAUCCAGUAAUAUUCAUAUACUUCAAGUUUUGGCUGAUUGUUUUAAAACUAAUGUUUACUCUCUGGUCUGUAUUAUGGAUGCCCAGGAAAUAAUUUCUUUCGUCCAAGGUGAUUUCAGAUGGGAUAGAGCAUAUAAUGCUGUUACUAAGUUUAAUAAUACAGAAGUCCCAGCUCUUCUAGAAGGCCAAUUCAUCUCUAAGAGAGCCCAUGCAAAAGACAUGGGCUUGGUUAUAGGCAAGGACACCAGAGUACAUGUUACUGGUAGAGAAUCCAGUAAUAUUCAUAUACUUCAAGUUUUGGCUGAUUGUUUUAAAACUAAUGUUUACUCUCUGGAAUCAGCAAACUCUGCAGUUCUAGGAGCUGCAUAUCAAGCCAAGCAUGGACUGCUGCAUGGUACAGGAAGUAACAUCACAAAAUGCCUGCCCCAGCCCGCCCUGGCUUGUAGUCCUUAUACGGAUGCUGAUCAGGUAUACAGGCCUAUGAUGGAAAGGUACUGCAAAUUCAUACAAGAGAUUCAGAAAUCCAUAUAAUUUUGAGGCUCGUCCAAUGACAUGCUUCUAACAUAAGAGUGCCUGCCUUCACACAAAUACCAUUGUUAAGUUAUAAGUAAACUUAGGAUUGACAAUCCAGAGCUUCUUAGUAAAUAAGUUACUUGAUGUGAUUUUGAAUCUUGUAGUUUUAAGAUUUAGCUAUAUUAUUAGCUAUAUACAUAUAAAACAAAAGUAAUAUUUACACAUUUUUUACAAAAAUCUCAGUAAAAAUAUCAUUCAUUAGUUUAAUUUAUAUUUUUACUUGUUUCUCGUCAGUUGAGUUGUGGUUUAAUUGUCCAUUACUAUACUUGUCUAUAGUAAUUAAUGAAAACAUUAAUGAGUUAUGUUUUCAGAGGUUAACCCAAUUUAUGUAUUUUUAUUUUUUGUGUUACUGUACGAAGACCAAAUUCCCAGUGCAUAAAAAAUGAAUAGGAAAAUCAGUAGAGUUACCUUGAAAACUUCCUUCUAGGGCCCUCUGAUUUGAAAGGAACAAAUAAAGACCUAUCAAAGUACACAUUUAGAAACUUCAUAGGAGGUAUGUUUUAAGUUGUUCAAUGGAAAAUUGAUUGGUUUGAAGCAUCAAUUUCAUACCAUGGAAGGUUGACACGUGACAACUAUGAAAAGUUUAUUUUUUUGUUGGGAAGCUUUAUAUGGGGUUUAUCUGUGGAAGAAGAGGUAGAAUUUUGUGUCUCCUUCCACUUUGAGGCUCUGUGCAACGGUCUUGCCAGACGUACCACGACCUCUGCACUAUUUAUAACUGUAUCUUGAAAACAGUCAAUUGCAAUGGAAAUUUUGUUAUGCACUGGAAGUUUGGUUAACUACUUACUUUCAUUAAAUUGUAAAAUCAUACACUUUGUUCAUUAAUAUAAGAACAAAAUAAAAAUACAUAAAUGUUAUUGACCUCUGAGAAAAUAACUCAUUGAUGUUUUCAUAGUUACUGAAAGCUACUAAUGUAAUUAGUUAUUAAAAAAUUAAAUAUUAUUUUAAUUGUUGAAAUGCUUUGUAAGAACUUUUGAUGUUUUUACAAGCAUUGCCUUCACAAAAACACCAUUGUUAAGUUAAAACUAGACUUAAGAUUGACCAUCAAGGCUCCUUAGUAAAUAGUCUUGUAGUUAUAAGAUUUUACUAUUUCAUUAGUUCUCGAUCUACCAAAAGUAAUGUUUACACAUUUUUUACUGAUACGGGUUACAAGUUAUUUUUUUAAAAACUCACUUGGUACACAAACCUAGAUAACAAAAUAUGGCAACAAUUUGACUAAAAAUAUGAAAACUGAAAAUGUGAUUGAAUUGUAUAUUUGAUAUUUUUACUUGUUUCUUGACAAGUAAGUUGUUUAAUUGUCUAUUAAAAUAGUUGCCUUUACUACCUUAAGAGGUAGUAGUAUUAGUGCCUUAAGAGGUUAAUAACAUUUGUUUUUGUUUUUUUUUCUGUUAUUGAACAAAGUCUAUGACUUUACAAUUUAAGGAAAGUAGGUAGUUAACGAAACUUUCUGUGCAUACCAACAUUUCCAUUACAAUUGGCUGUUUUCAAGAUACAGUUAUAAAUAGUGCAGAGGUCGAGGUACUUCUGGCAAGACCGUUGCACAGAGUCUCGAAGUGGAAGGAGACACAAAAUUCUACCUCCUCUGCCACAGAUAAACCCCAUAUAAAGCUUCCCAACAAAAAAAUAAACUUUUCAUAGUUAUCACGUGUCAACCUUCCAUGGUAUGAAGUUGAUGCUUCAAACCAAUCAAUUUUCCAUUGAACAACUUAAAACAUACCUCCUAUGAAGUUUCUAAAUGUGUACUUUGAUAGGUCUUUAUUUGUUCCUUUCAAAUCAGAGGGCCCUAGAAGGAAGUUUUCAAGGUAACUCUACUGAUUUUCCUAUUCAUUUUUUAUGCACGUUAGGCCCGGCCGCUGCGUGACGAGCCCAGCUCGUCAGUGAUCCGCAAUGGGUUAAUGUGAUUGCAUUUUCAAAGAGAAAGCAUAUCGAAAGUAACAACACUUGUUAUUUCAACAUCGUGGCAAGUCAAACCAGUUAGUUUAUUGUGGAUUUUACUAUGUGGUUAAUUCCAGUUUUAUAAUAUCAUAUGACCCUUUAGUACUUCAUCACAAGUGCUAUUACUAAGAAAGCUGUGAACUUUGACUGUGGAGUUGCUCUACAUUGAACUAAAAUAGUGUUACUGAAAACAAAUACACGUAUGAGCUAUUGGUAAUUAUAAUUAACAGCCACAGAUAAAAAUCUUGUAUUAUUGGCUAUGAUUGCUGAGUAUUUUCAUAUGUUUUGGUUUUAUAAAAGUUACUGUACAUAUCUCUCAAUCAGCGAAUUAUAAUAUUCUGAGCUUCAGAUGAAUAGUCCUUUAACGACAUCUGUGGCUUGCCAAUACAUUUAGGUGCACAGCGAAUAAAAGCAGGUUGGAAACUUUUCAAAAACUCACUCCAUAAUAACAUACAUGUACCCAAGUUUUAAAAUAUGAUGUUGUAUACUGCCUGUGAAACCUUUGUAUUAAUUAUAUUUUAAGUGCAAUAAUUAAAUGAUUCCUGUUAUACAUUCCAUUAACAUAUAAUUUUUCAUCACUAUGUGCCUUGUUAGAUUAUAAUUAUUAGCCAUUGUUUGGCGGUGUAAAAAUCCACAUAAGUGAAGUAUUUUAUCUUGGUUUGUUACAUGAAAUGCAUUAAAUUCAUUUUGUUAUGUUGAUAACCUAGUGCAAUAUUGACUAAAUGUGUACUUAUUUAAUUGUUUAACUAGUAAUUUAUUGUUGCUUUUAUUAACAAACCAAAGAUUCACAUUCGUUUAAUUACAUAUACACCACAUAAUGUUGAGGUAUAGUUUUAAGAAUGGUUUUGUUUAUGUUACACACUUUAUAAAGUUUUUUUAGGAUUGUUGCACUUUACUUUUAACCAAAUGUAAAAUAUAAACUUUUAUUGCAAUCA